CGCGGGGCCGCACCGCGCCUCCCCCCGUCCCCCCCUGCUCCGGCUCUCAAUGUUCCACACCGCCCGGCCACAGAGCCGCCGCCGCCGCCGUAUAGCCCCCCGGCCGCCUCCGUCCCCCUCCUCGGGCGCCGCGGGCCCGGCCCGGCCCCCCGCCACCCCGGCCCCCCGACCCAGCAGCGGGACAGGACGCGGGCGAAGUUCCCCACGAUGUCCAGUGAUAGGCAGAGGUCAGACGAUGAAAGUCCAAGUACCAGCAGCGGUAGUUCGGAUGCCGAUCAGAGGGAUCCACCAGCACCUGAACCUGAAGAGCAAGAAGAAAGAAAACCUUCUGCAACCCAGCAGAAGAAGAACACCAAACUCUCCAGCAAAACUACUGCUAAGCUAUCUACUAGUGCUAAAAGAAUCCAGAAGGAGCUAGCUGAAAUAACCCUUGAUCCUCCUCCUAACUGCAGUGCCGGCCCUAAAGGAGAUAACAUUUAUGAAUGGAGAUCAACUAUACUUGGACCUCCGGGUUCUGUAUAUGAAGGGGGCGUUUUUUUCCUGGAUAUCACAUUUUCAUCUGACUAUCCAUUCAAGCCACCAAAGGUUACUUUCCGUACCAGAAUUUAUCACUGCAACAUCAACAGUCAAGGAGUCAUCUGUCUGGAUAUCCUGAAGGACAACUGGAGCCCUGCUUUGACUAUUUCAAAGGUCCUGCUGUCUAUUUGUUCUCUUUUGACAGACUGCAACCCGGCUGAUCCUCUGGUUGGAAGCAUAGCCACUCAGUAUCUGACCAACAGAGCAGAACAUGACAGGAUAGCCAGACAGUGGACCAAGAGAUAUGCAACAUAAACGACAAACUACUUGUGCAGUGUGAAGGUGCAGAAGGCAACUUUACAGUGUGCAACAAAUCUUUAUAGCCUUUACAAUACGGACUUCUGUGUAUAUGUUAUACUGAUUCUACUCUGCUUUUAUCCUUUUGAAGACUGGGAUACUGCCCCCCAAAAAGGUAAAUGCUAUCAAGAGUAGAAGUUUGUAGCUGUAGAUUAGUUAUGUUUAAAAUGCCUACUUGCAAGUCUUGCUUCUUUGGGAUAUCAAAAUGUAUUUUGUGAUGUACUAAGGAUACUGUUCCUGAAGUCAACCAAAUAUUAUAGUGCAUUUUAGCCUAAUUCAUUAUCUGUAUGAAGUUAUUAAAGGUAGCUGUAGAUUACUAGGAAUUAUGUCAUUUGUAUUAAACCCAGAUCUAUUUCCAAUAUGUGGUACAUGCUGUUGUGAAAACUGUUUUAACUUUUACCUUUGUCAGUUUGUAAUGAAAGGAUUUCCUUUUUCCCUUUGUAGCUCAGAGAGCACCCAGUGUAUCAUCUCAAACACAAUAAACAUGUUCCCCAAGGA